AUGGUGGUAUUAUCUUGGAUACGUGAACAACCGUCCAAUUUUAACGUUUUUGUCUCCAAUAGAAUUAGCAAAAUUCAAACUCUUACCUGUGGCAUGAAUUGGCAUCAUGUACCAACUUCUAUGAAUCCUGCAGAUAUCUUAUCAAGAGGAGCAGCGCCAGAUGAACUUUUAGCCUCAACACUUUGGACACAAGGACCUGAGUUUUUAAGAACAUCGCAUUUACAUUGGCCCCAAAAUACUGUUUUCGUAGCAGAAUUACCUGAACGACGCAGGAGAGUUUUAAUAACUACAUGUCAGCAAGAUUUAACGCUAUCCUGUAAAUUCGCUAACUCAUUUAAUAAAAUGCAGAUAGUUUUCGCAUAUAUUUAUCGAUUCGUGUCACUCAAACAUAAAGAGACCAUAAGGAAAACUGGCCAACUUGAUCCUCAGGAUAUUGAAAGGGGUACAAAAUUAAUGAUUUUAAACAUACAACAAACUCAUUUCGCUGCUGAAUACAAAAUAUUAAAAAAAAGAGGAAAUGUUAAUAGUUCAAGUAAACUUUACUCCCUCAAUCCUUUUAUUGAUUCAUUUGGAGUAAUUCGUGUAGGUGGUCGACUAAAACAUUCAUUACUAAGUUUCGAGGCUCGCCAUCCAAUGAUACUUCCAAAAGCUCAUGUUAUCACAAACGCAAUGAUAACCUAUUUUCAUCAGAAGAAUUUGCACGCCGGGCCACAAAGUCUGCUCGCCACAAUUCGUUUGCAAUAUUGGCCAAUUGGUGGUCGAAAAACUAUAACACGCGUUAUCAACAAAUGUGUUCGUUGUUUUCGACUUAAGCAAAAACAUGUCGAAUAUAUAAUGGGAGAUCUACCGCGCGACAGAGUGCAACCAAAUAGAGUAUUCCACACUACUGGUAUCGACUUCUGCGGUCCCUUCUAUUAUAAAUCUGAAGUGCGAACCAGACCUCCAGUAAAAUGCUACAUCUGUUUAUUCGUUUGUUUUUCGACGAAGGCUGUACAUUUAGAAGUGGUAAAAGAUCUAACUACAUCAUCGUUCUUAGCUGCUUUGAAACGUUUUACUUGUAUUCGUGGAAAUCCCAAAAUAAUUUGGUCUGACAAUGCCACGAAUUUCGUUGGUGCAAGGAACGAGUUAGCUGAAGUAAAACAAUUGUUCGAAAGUAGCCAACAUCUUAAAAAUAUUCAUCAGCAUUGUCUAAGCGAUGGCAUAGAAUGGAAAUUUAUACCACCUAGAUCUCCACACUUUGGUGGUCUCUGGGAGGCUGCCAUAAAAUCUGCAAAGCGUUUGUUUUACAGCACUGUUGGACUUUCAAUCUUAUCAUUUGAAGAAUUACGCACACUCGCAUGCCAGUUAUCGGCAGUGCUUAAUUCUCGCCCUCUUUGUUCUAUUUCAGAAAAUCCAGACGAUUUAGAAGUCCUCACACCAGCUCAUUUUUUGGUGGGUGGUCCGCUAAUAUCAAUAUCUGAGCCCAACCUUACCACGUCUGACUUCUCUCGCUUAGACAGAUGGCAACGAGUUAAUUAUAUGCUACAAAUAUUUUGGAAAAGGUGGAGUGUCAACUACCUCACCCUAUUGCAAGAGCGUAGCAAAUGGCGCUCACCUGCAGCAAAUGUUCGUGUUGGAGAUAUAGUACUAAUACAUGAAGACAAUGUUCCACCUCUUAAAUGGCAUUUAGGCCGCAUCACCAGCAUAAUAUGCGGAUCUGACAAUGUGGCUCGAGUGGCGGAAAUACGCACGAAUAUAGGAAUUAUCAAACGUGCAGUAAGGAAGGUGGCAGUUCUUCCAAUAGACGAUAAAUAUGUUUAA